UUUUGGACUUGCGUAGCCUGAGACCCAGCACUACAUAGUACUGGCAGACUGAGCUGAGCAAGCUCCACUCUACUCCUCCCUGACGACUACUGAAUUCAUGACACUUGCGGAAAACGACAGUUCUCCUCCAUGCGUCAAGGGAAAAGGAAAGGCCAGGCAUUCUGAACCUUCAGAACAAACACCCCUGCUACUACACCACAGUGAUGUUACUCCCAGUCAGCCACGUGCUACAGACGAUGAAGACGUCGACCUUGAAAGCAGCUCGGACGCUCGGCGAAGGCUUUGGUCCAAGCUUAUAUUUGUUUUCCUGGCAUCUCUGUCUUCCUGCAUCGUAAUAUUUCUGCUGCUUGCUCUGUUGGCAUACUCUUAUGCCGCCAGAUUGUCGCAUGUGUCCCCAGAAGACAUCUUAGAGAAUGCGCUGGUGAUCCAAGGGCCGUACCGGGUGAGCGUACUCAAUGUUACAGCAGACGGCGGGACAUGGAUAGAAGUACGAGCAAGAGUUGGAAUUGAUGCGGGAUCAAUAGUGGGAGUCGAUAUGGAUGAUGACGAGGGAACAUUGUAUAACAUCUGGAAGUCGUUUGGUCAAUGGGGCGUCAAGAUUCUGGAUAGAGUUACAGUGGACAUCUCUACCGCUCAAAUCUUCUCUCAGCGACAGGCACUCUUAGCCACGCUCCAUUCCCCACCAUUUGAACUUCCUCUCACUGUCGAUCCCCCAUACGAUGAUUCGUGGUUAUCCUCAUUGUCUUUAACUAUUUUUGUCAUCCCCACCCAGGACGCGUCUGAUAUGAACCAGUUCGUGCACGACUCCUGGCAUUCUGGUGCUGCGUCUGUACAUGCCUCUGUUCCUAGCGUGGUCGUCUCUGGGGGCUCGACGAACAAAGGCGAUUGGAGGCACAUGCUAAGGCUCCAGAGAUUAGGUAUACAAACUCAGUUGUCCAUGCAGCUUCCACCGAUCCCUGGCUUGCCCAUCCCGGGCAAGGAUGUACCACUACCAUCCGUUUCGCAGCUGAUCACGUUGCAAUCUUUCGGCGUGGAGUCUGAAGCUAAAGACGUGACUGUACAUGCCCUUGCGACUGUCGUCAAUCCCGUGCCACCUAUAAUGAACCUAACUGCACCCUCACUUCCAUUCAUAAUUUCACUCCCCGGCAAAAACCAUUCAUCAGUACCGAUAGCAUCGGUACACACUGACCCGUUCACCCUGACCCACCCCAACAUCACGCUCACUAUCUCUGGAAGCGUUCUCCCUCUCCCCGCCCAUCCUUCCGCAUCCAUAUCCGCCUUCCUUAGUAGAUACCUCUCCCUCGAACCUAACCUCGUAUCCGUCGCAUGUCCACUAUUCCCAUCUUUUACGGUGGACAUGGAAUUCCCGCCCCCCAGUUCCAAACCACACAUACUCCGCAAUGUAACGAUUCACGACAUGAAGAUAAAACCAAACUCUGCUAGCACCGGUUUUCUUGCGAGUGGUUCGGUGUUCGCUCGCAUAGUGCUGCCUAAAGGAAUGGACCUUGCACUGAAUGUUACUCGCGUAUUUCCUGAUGUUCUGGUCUUCGACGGGGAAGCCCAUGAAUUGCCUACACUUCUCUUUCCCCAACAGAAAGACGAAGACGAAUUACCGGAUCCACUUCCAGAACACGCAUUUGGUCAUAUACGACCUGAAGAUUGGUUGGAAGCGACAAGCGUUCAAGUCGACUCCGAAGGAGAAGGCUCCAUGUUCGCAGUCACCGCAGAUAUGGUCAAUGUCCCGUUGGAGGUGCUUCCUGGUAGGCAGAAACAAUUCAGCAAUUUCAUCAGCAAGGUUGUAUUUGGCACCCAUGGUGCAUUGGCUGGCUUGCAGGGAACUACUGAUGUCGGGGUGUACAUCGUCGGAUUACCGUUCCGUGAUCAUGAGGACACGGCCACAGGAAUGGACCUUUUGGGUCUGCCCUUCCAAGGGAGCGUACGCGUUGGAAUGAAAGAUCUACUGGUAUGACGGCUCCCUUGAUCUUUUCUCUGAAGGACUAUGUAAUUUAUUUGCCUGUAUCAUCAUGCAUUCACGACUGCUAAGCACAUUCCUAUACAUUGUUGACAUAGUGGUUCACUACGCCGCACUGGAAUUCAG